UUUAUCGAUAACACUCUACUUAGGUACCAGGCCAGGAGCUUUGUUUUUUUCUUGAGAAGAUGUACUUUGGAACUUUAGUUCCGGUCCCGGAAAACGGCCAACUUCACUCGUUCGGUUCUCCUUUUGCGUGUUUCAUCCCCGUGAGGUUCCAAAGGCAGUGUCCUUAACUAUUACAAUUAGUAGCUGUUGCCGUUGAAUUCGAUACUCCUGGAUCAGAAAUUGUCCGUCGCAUGAAGCUUAGUCCAUAGGAGUUUGGGACAAAGUAAUCUUAUGGCUAUUCGUUCUGUGCUCGGAAAGCUGCCCAAGAUUUGUGAAUAUGAAAGACUUAUGAUUGGGACAUAUGAAGGUAUCAAACGUAAUAAAGCCCUUACUGCUCUUUGUCCUUUUCGGGUCCAUGAAAAUCAUGUUCCCGUGCCGGUGAAAGACCAGAUUAAGACACAGGGAUUGAUUUAUCACAUGGAGUUGGGAGGACUGGGGCCUGCACGUUUUGCCGUCGAAGAGUUCAACAAGCAAAAGAAAUCCCAACUGCAGUUUGUGAGAGUGGUCAAGUUUUUGAGAGUGGAUAGAAGCUGCAGAAUGAACCUGCAGCGUUGGGAUUUAAAUUCUUGUCAUUGUUUGUAUGCUCUAAUAUUGGAGGCAAUUGAUGCUGCCGGCGUGGUCAAAUUCUACCAAGCAUGCGUUAGGCUUCAUGACUUAACUGAGGGCUUGUGGUUGGAAGAAUUCUUGGUUUUCUCUGAUAAUGGAGACGAGCGUAUGCGACUAUAUCAUCACCUAGACAACUUUUAUGCUGGAUUACACGACGAGCAUAUCAUACCUGGCAAAGGUGAAGUUGCAGCUUGACUACUUAAUGCAAGGGAGCAAUGUAACAAAUUUGAAUUAUUAUCGUGUGGCUGUUAAUUCCCUCCUAAUACUGAUUAUGUGGCGAAGAUUAUUGUUUCCUACCACAUGAUUUAUGCUUUCUAUCCUAACAUAGGGGUGGCAUACAUAGGGCAGGUAAGUUUGGGCUCCAAAGUCCAACCCACUAAUCAACCCAAAAGUAGUGGGUUGGAACGGUAAACUAGUUGGAAGUGAUAUACAUAUGGCUUGAAAAACAAAACCAUAUUCAUUAUCAUAUAUUCCUUCAAAAUGGUGUACUCGUUUUUUCCAUCAUCUUUAUUGUAGUGUGUUUGCCUUCUUAAA